AUGGCUGAUGAUACCGCCGCGGCCGAGGAUGCGCACAUCACUUUCAACGUGAAGUCAUCCAAUGAUGCUAAAUAUACACUCACUCUGCCAUCAUCAACCUCGGUCUCUGAUCUGAAAGAGAAGCUAGCGUCUUCGGAAUAUGCUGAUACCCCAGCUGAGCGCCAGCGUCUGAUCUACUCGGGCAGAGUCCUCAAAGACAAUGAAACCCUGGCAACGUACAACAUCAAGGAUGGACACACUAUUCACCUGGUGAAGAGUGCACCCAGCAACCGGCCCCCUAGUGGUGCUGCGACGACGACGUCAACAUCCGCACCUGGUGGUGCGGCUGCAACUCCUGCGGCUGCAGGCGUCCCCACGAAUCUCGCUGCCGGCACGGGCAAUAACCCGCUCGCGGGGUUGACGGGAGCCAGAUAUGCCGGGUUCGCGCAACUGCCAGGUGCAGGAAUGUUCGGGCCUGAUGGCGGGAUGGGCCCUCCUCCUGACACGGAAACCAUGCUCAACAUGCUCGAAAACCCUCAAUUUCAGUCUACGAUCAACGAAGCUCUGCAAAACCCCGCCAUGAUUGACAUGAUGAUCCAACAGAACCCCAUGCUGCGCGAAAUGGGUCCUGGCGUACGGCAGAUGAUGCAGAGCCCGGAAUUCCGCCGCAUGCUCACCGACCCCAACUCGAUACGUCAGAUGGUACAGAUGCAGAGAGCCAUGGGUGGCGGGGGCCUUGGUGGAGGCGCAUUUCCCGCUCCUGGGGUUACCAACACAACACCCGAGGAAAACAGAGACGCUCAGAACAAUACCGGUACCACGCCCACUCCUGGCGCCGCGUUCAACCCUUUUAUGCCGGCCGGUCUCGGCGCUGGAAAUCCUUUCGCAGCCCUUUUUGGAGGCAAUCCCAUGAUGGGCAACCCUGCUGCAGGAGCGACUCCCCCCCCUCCGCAAGAUAACCGGCCCCCCGAGGAACGGUAUGCAGAGCAGCUUCGUCAAUUGAACGACAUGGGAUUUUUCGAGUUUGAGAGGAAUAUCGAGGCUCUUCGCCGAGCAGGAGGCAGCGUGCAAGGGGCAGUGGAGUAUCUAUUGAGCCACCCCUCUUAA